AUGGAACCACCCCCCCGCCCGGCACGUACGCGUACGGAUUGGGAGAAGGAUUUUAAACUCUGUGAGCACACAGUAGCCGAGUGGGAAGCUCAACGUCCAGAAUUCCAGAAAUUAUACCUCCAGGAAAAUCUCAAGCUUCCAGAGAUAAGGAAAAUCAUGGCGCAAAACCAUGGUUUCUAUGCAAACAAGAGACAGUUCGAUAGAAAAAUAAAACAUUGGGGACUCAACAAAAACCUUAAGAGGAAGGAUGCGAUUGCAAUGCUAAAAAAACAAAAUGAAAGACUCAUGUCUGAGAGAAAACAGACUAAGUUUACAUUCAACAAGUUGCCAAUAACUAUGGAGAAACUGCAGCGGCACGCUCCCGGAUAUCAACCAGGCGAUUCCCCCUCGGCAGCUACUCCGGACUACGUUCAAUAUUGGACUCCCCGGAAUCCUGAUCCUGGGACGCCCAGCGAAUCAUAUGGAACCCCAAGAAUCGAUAACGAUAGUACACCAAUGGAGCAAAAUCCAGAGACGCCUCGCCCUUACCUCACGCAUUAUCAGCCUGUAAAUUCACUCAAUCAUGAUAUGCAGUCUCCACUAGGCACAUACAUCAACCCUCUUUAUAUCAAUAGUGAAGAUACCGAGAUGGUUGAUGUGGAGAGCAUCCCUCCCGGGCCCGAAUUGGUUUUUCCUGUCAAUUCGAUCAUUGAAAGCCAGCACGAAGAAAACCACACCCUCAUUUCCUCUCCACCCCGCUCCCAAUAUAUCGACAGCACCAUGAUAUCUACUAUUACCAUGGGAGCGGAGAAAUAUCUAGGUAUUUUAGAUAGAUCGUCGGAGUCUCGUCGCUAUUUGAACAUUUCCCAGGACCUGGAGGAAAAAGGUACAGAGCGAUCCCCUGGAAACACUCAUAACAGCGCGGGGGAAGACAAUAUACAAAGGUUAUGCCAGCUGCUGCACCGCAAAUAUUUCUCAGAGCUAGAGAUCCUUCCUCUGAUUGGGAAUGGUGUAGACUUAUGUAUUCAGUGUAGUUGUUGCUCAGACACCCCUCUACAUAUAGCGGCACAAAAUGGGCACGAAGCGGUGGCCCGCCUGCUGCUGGAGGAGGGUGCGGAUGUCUCUGCUCUUGGGAAAGAAGACUCAUGGACUCCCCUACAUGUAGCGGCACAAAAUGGGCACGAAGCGGUGGCCCGCCUGCUGCUCGAGAAGGGCGCGGGUGUCUCUGCUCUUGAUGUUGAAUCAUGGACUCCCCUACAUGUAGCGGCAUACAACGGUCACGAAGCGGUGGCCCGCCUGCUGCUCGAGAAGGGCGCGGAUGUCUCUGCUCUUAAUGUUAAAUCAUGGACUCCCCUACAUCUGGCGGCGCAAAGCGGUCACGAAGCGGUGGCCCGCCUGCUGCUCGAGAAGGGCGCGGAUGUCUCUGCUCUUACGAAAGGGUACUCAUGGACUCCCCUACAUAUAGCGGCACAAGAUGGGCACGAAGCGGUGGCCCGCCUGUUGCUCGAGAAGGGCGCGGAUGUCUCUGCUCUUGAUGUUGAAUCAUGGACUCCCCUACAUUUGGCGGCACAAAACGGUCACGAAGCGGUGGCCCGCCUGCUGCUCGAGAAGGGCGCGGGUGUCUCUGCUCUUGUUGUUGAAUCAUGGACUCCCCUACAUUUGGCGGCACAAAACGGUCACGAAGCGGUGGCCCGCCUGUUGCUCGAGAAGGGCGCGGAUGUCUCUGCUCUUACGAAAGGGUACUCAUGGUCUCCCCUACAUAUAGCGGCACAAGAUGGGCACGAAGCGGUGGCCCGCCUGUUGCUCGAGAAGGGCGCGGAUGUCUCUGCUCUUGAUGUUGAAUCAUGGACUCCCCUACAUUUGGCGGCACAAAACGGUCACGAAGCGGUGGCCCGCCUGCUGCUCGAGAAGGGCGCUGACCCACUUGCUGAGACAAGUACUGGCCGCACUCCUUUAGACUUAGCAGCACAGAAUAACCAUAAUACGGUGACCCCCCUUCUUAAGCAAGCCAUAGACGCAAAUUUUCUCUCCUUGUUGCGUUAA